UUUUGUUCGGAGUGAAGGGGAUUGAGGCAUGAGAACUAAACCAAGAUGUGUCACUUGAACUUGGGUUUAACAUGUUACAAUCCGUAUAUCCAUCCGGGCAUGGGUGAAUAUUGCGUGUUGAUUGACGACGCAGUUGAUGGGUUGAGCCGUUGGAUCUUGACCCCCAACUAUUACUCGAGCAGCUCGGAGCCGAACCAUCUACACCAUCCGAACGGUGCCUACCAAACCAAGCACCCAAGCCAACUGAGAGAAGCUAUUCACAUCCAGCUACCUUAGCUGGGAUAUGGGCGAUUCAACCCCCCGCCACUUCCACCCCCCCACCCCAGCAUCUACACUCCUCGCCCGUCUCCGCAAAACACAGAUAGACCCCUCCACCGGUCUGAAACUUGGAAGAUUAAAAACUGGUGUUGAGGAUGUCGAUGAGUACCUCUUUGGGGGAGGGGUGCAGAGGGGCUGCGUUGUUGGUGUGAGCAGUGGUAUCACCAGUCCCAACCGCCGCGAGGCUCCAGGGGGAAGAGGGUACCCAAGUGCUGGAGAUGCGGAGGGUGACACAGGCCGUCUCCUCACCAUCCAUAUCCUCGCGAGGUCGUUACUAGAACGCCCACAUUCCCACGCAUCAGUUAUAGAUUCCACGGGCUCUUUCCCUCUAGCGCUCUUUGCGGGGGUGGUGAGGUGGUGUGUUGAGAGGGGUGUGGGCGCGGGCUCGGGCUCGGGCGUGGGUGUGAGUUCUGAUAUUGGAGGGAAAGGGUGGGGGAAUGGAGGGGGAGGGAGAGGAGGGUUGGAGGAGAAGGUUAAUGCAGUGCUGGAGCGCGUAGGUGUUACGAGGGUUUUUGAUAUCGAGGGGCUUUGGGAGGUUUUGGGGGAGGUGGGGGGUGCGACUAGAAGGACUGAGGGGGGUGAUGCACAUGCAGCCUCGAUAAAGGAAGAUGGGGGACUGCUGCCGAGGGUAGGGGGCUGCAUGACGAAAAAGAGGGGGGAGGGGGUGAUGCGAGGAGCGCUGGAACGAGGGAGAUCAUGGAUAGCGACGCCGACGACGACGACGACGAUGAUGACCUGGCCACCCACCACCCUCCAACCCCAGUCCCUCAAAAUCCUCAAAAGAAACCCAGCUUAAACACCCCCACCAACCACCACACGACCCCCACCCCCUUCGCUCCCGUCACCCCCCAACAACAGAAAUAAUCCUCCUCGACAACCUCACAACCCUAAUUACCACCCUCUUCUCCCGCACCUCCACGCCCCUCGCGCACCGUCUGCUCUCACAACUCUCCCUCACCCUCAGUACCCUAGCCCGCUCCUCUUCUGUUACCAUUUUCCUCCUCAACACUUUGGUUAGGAAAUCUGCAAAGACCGCGGGCAAUCCGGAACAACAGCGGAAGAAAGAGCAGCAGAAACAGCACUCGGUAUUUGCGGGUAUGACUGCCACGCCUAGUUUGGGAGUGGUGUUUGAUGGGUUCGUGGAGUUGCAUCUGGUGUGUUUUGCGUUGCCGAGGGGGAGGGAGGAUGCGGAGGGUGUUUAUGGCGUGGAGCUCCCCGACGAUGAGGAUGGGACUGGCGCUGAGGAGAGGGGGGAUAACCGGCAAAGGGGGUCUGCGGAGGGGGGCAUUAGGUUUGCGAAUGUAAUCGAGGUGCUCAAAGAUGAUUGUCCACAGCUUGAGAGGUGGGAGGGGGUGAGUGGUGGGAAGAGGCCGCGGAAGAAGGGGGAUAGGGAGAACAGGUGGGCGUCGUUUGGGGUUGUUGGGG